CGAGACCCUCCACUUUUUAAAUCCGCAUUGGCAAUCGUAUAUAUAACAGUUUACACUCGGCGGUGGCGUGGCGUCGUCGUUCCCGGUCUCCCCCGGUGCGUCGUGUGUUCUCUCGUUCCAAACUCCGAGAUUCUCUCGAGCUCGCCAACAGUCGCCCGGUGCAACUGCACGAACGCAUUGUCAAUGCGAAGAAAGCACGAAUACAGAAGUUUCAUAUAGGCUGCUAAGCUUUCGAAGGACGCGUGCCGCGCGUAAUCUCGAUUUUGGCUGCUGCUCCUUUGCAUGUUCGUGUGUCUCUGAGUUCCAACCAUGCAAGAUGCAGCUCAACGGUCGCCGGCUCGUUAACGAGGACGACACUUGACAAUACUCGACAUCGAGUUCUAUUUCGUUUUUGCAAUUUUUAUCCUCGGUGAUUGUGUAUCGCAGUGUGCAGAGUGCAGUGGCUCAGUGAAUCGCGCGAAAAUACUCGUUCUUUAUGUUUAGUGCAAGUUUUAUAAGCUGUACCCGCGUUUUUUAUGUAAAUCAGUCGACUUGGAGGUAUUUGCAGGUUCUAAAACUCCACGAGCGAUUCGUUCCAUUGGCCUCGAAUUGUCCUUUUAGUGACGAAUUUACCGUAUAGGUGCAUGAGUGUAUUUAAUAAAUAUUUACGAGAGCUAUUAUUUGUGAAUUGUGCGAGACAGUGAGAGAGCGAGAUCAAAGUCAGCUCUCGAAAUCUUUAUCUGUGUGUGUUCGUUGAUAAUAUUUGAAAAAAAGAAUCAUGAGUGCCGCGAUUCAACCACAGCAGCCGCAGCCGCAGCCACAACAACAACAGCAGCAGCCGCCAGCGUUGCUGUCUCAGGCACAGCAGCUAGCGGCUCAGAGCAGAGCGGAGGGGCUGGAAAACGAGGACCAAGGGCUGCUCCUGGACAACGGCGAGGCCGACGUCGAAGCCGUGAUUUCGGAGAAAAACCAGCUGAUCGGGCGUCAGUACGUCGAGAUCGAGCGGCUCCAGCGCGAGCUCGCCGAGGUCAUCAACGAGCGGGACGCCCUGCUCUGCGAGGUCUCCAAGUUCAAGUUCGAGUGCGAGAUGGCCGAUUUGAAGCGGCUUCAGGACGACUGUUUGAGCUUUCCACAAAAGAUGGACAGACUGGGGCCGGGUAGCAAAGGCAGCGGCCUGUACUCGUCCACGGGCCAGCCCGCCCUGUCGUCGUCGUACAUGACGGGCCAGUACAUGUACAGCCAGAGCAACUACGCGCACACGCCGUAUCCGGGGGUGCAGCCGCAGCACCACCAGCAGUACGUCCAGCACCCGACGAGCUACGUGCCGUCGAGCGUGGUGGGGGCGAGCGUGGCCGCCUCGGUCGAGCCCCAGGCCUACGGCGUCGGCGGCGGCGGCGUCGUCCAGGCCUACGGGGGGCCGCAUCAUCAUCACCAGCAGCUGGGCCCGCAGUCGCCCUAUCAGCAGUCCUGCCACAAAAAGUCCUCGGUGCGCAACGGCGACGUCACCAAGCGAUGCAGACUUCAAGCGGCGUACGAGUUAUCGCAAGACUUGCUCGACAAACAGAUCGAGAUGUUGGAGCGAAAGUACGGCGGCGUGAAGGCGCGCAACGCCGCGCUCACGAUUCAGCGGGCCUUCAGACGGUACACCCUGCUGAAGAAGUUCGCCGCCAUCACGGCCAUGGCCAAGGCCGAGAAGAGACUGAGCCGCAAAAUGCAGGAGGAGCAGCAGCAACAGCAGAUACAUCAUCACCAGCAGCAACUGCAGCAGCAGCAUCCUCAAUUGCAGCACGAGCAGCAGCAGCGUUACCAGCACAGUAGUCAGGUUUACGUGCAAUCGCAGCAGCCGCAUCAUUCGCCGGUCAACAGAGCCGGGCCAACGAGAAGCAUGUCGCUCAGGGAGAGACGUCACACCGGUGGGAUCGUCCACGUCGACGGCUCGUCCCACGCGAUGCCCAGAAGCCAGAGCGGCCGCUGCGAUACCCAAAUCCCAGCCGUUCAUCACCAGAAUCAGUUGACCAAUCACGCAACUGUUCAUCAUCAACUGGUGAACCACGUCAGACACACGCCGAGCCCUUCGGGACGCCAACAGCAACAAGCUCCGCCGAGUCCUUGCUGGGAAUCGAGCUCGCAGGAAAGCGCCAAUUCUAGCAUGUACUACUACAAUCCUCAGGACGCUCUCUGUGGUCUGCGUCAGGACACACCACCCCGAGAAGCGCACCGAGCGACUCCGCCGUGCACGUCGCCCUCGACGGUGCCACUGGCUCAGCAAGCGCUGCAGCAGCAAAACUGGUCGAGCAGCACGUCGCAGCUGAGCAGCGCCUCGAGCGGCCGCACCUCGGUGGGACGCGCCUCCACGGGUUCUUGCUCCGGCAGCAGCAAGAAGGUACCGCCCGAGGUGCCCAAGCGCACUUCCUCCAUCAAUUCGCGGUCGAUCCUGGGCGAUCCACGACCUCACCACAACGGACUCAGCAAGAGCGUCGAGAACGGCAGUCUCAGCUCCGUGCAGAGCUCCGGUAGCGAUUCCACCAACUGCGAGAGCUCCGAGGGCGACCCGCAACGGGCGUCCCCCGUCUGGAAGCACAAGCCAAUGUCGAGUUCGCCAGAACAUCAGGAGCUAGCGCACGCGAACGAUGGUAACGCUAUUCUCACCAGUGUCAAAGAUAUGGGCAGUCACACGCACGCAUCGACUUAUCAACUACCAAUGAUGGAGCACGGCGAGGUGAUAGUUCAAACCAGCUACAAGGUCUCGGAAACCGUAAGAAAGCGGCAGUACCGCGUGGGCCUGAAUCUCUUCAACAAGAAGCCCGAGCGCGGCAUCAACUACCUCAUUCGACGCGGCUUCCUCGAGAACUCACCCCAGGGCGUGGCACGCUUCCUCAUUAGUCGCAAGGGUCUGUCGAAGCAAAUGAUCGGCGAGUACUUGGGCAACCUGCAGAAUCCCUUCAAUAUGGCCGUGCUCGAGUGCUUCUCGCACGAGCUCGACCUCGCCGGCAUGCAGGUGGACGUGGCGCUGCGCAAAUUCCAAGGCUACUUCCGCAUGCCCGGCGAAGCUCAGAAGAUCGAGCGGCUCAUGGAAGUUUUCAGUCAGCGCUACUGCCAAUGCAAUCCCGAAGUCGUGUCGCGACUACGCUCACCGGAUACUAUUUUUGUCCUUGCUUUUGCCAUCAUCAUGCUCAACACCGAUCUUCACACACCGAACCUCAAGCCCGAGCGCCGAAUGCGUCUCGACGACUUCAUUAAGAAUCUGCGAGGUAUCGACGACUGCGGAGAUAUCGACCGCGACAUUCUCGUUGGCAUUUACGAGCGCGUCAAGGCCAACGAGUUCAAGCCUGGCUCCGAUCACGUCACCCAGGUCAUGAAAGUUCAGGCUACUAUUGUCGGUAAAAAGCCCAACAUGGCUCUGCCUCAUCGACGCCUUGUGUGCUACUGCAGGCUUUACGAAAUACCCGACAUUAAUAAAAAGGAACGACCGGGUGUACACCAACGUGAGGUAUUCCUUUUCAACGAUCUUCUUGUUGUUACGAAGAUUCUUAGUAAGAAGAAGAGCAGCGUCACCUACACGUUCAGACAGAGUUUCCCACUCUGUGGCAUGGUCGUUACCCUUUUCGAAGUUUCUCAUUAUCCAUACGGAAUUAGACUGUCACAACGCGUAGACAAUAAGGUACUAGUCACAUUUAAUGCUCGAAACGAGCACGACCGCUGCAAAUUUGUGGAAGACCUGAGAGAAUCUAUUAGCGAAAUGGACGAAAUGGAAACAUUGCGAAUCGAAAGCGAGUUGGAGAGACAAAAGAGCAGCAGAGGAGCCCGAAGCAGCGCCGAAAAUCGUGACUCUGGUGUAGCUGACGUCGAAGUUUGUCCGUGUCCUGGUUCUUGUUCUGAACGCAGUGACGUUAUCGAAACUGAUUCACAGCUCAAACGAUCGGCACUCAGCAACUCCUUACUAGAUAUUCAUGAGCAAUUUGCUGGAGAGAAACCUCAACGGAGAGGUAGUGUUGGAUCAUUGGACAGUGGUAUGUCAAUUUCGUUUCAAUCGACGUCAGCCAGUUCAAUGAGUCAAGGUGCUAAAGCAAUGGUCACAGUAGCACAGCCAGGAUUGGCAGUAGCCAAGGGUGGUAUCAUUAAUAUGCAUCAUCUUCAGCAACAACAGCAGCAAACGCAUCCACAGCAACUACAACAACAACAACCACAGCAACAGCAACAGCAACAGCAACAGCCACCAUCGUUUCUUGGGGGUCUCUUCAAUAAACGGGAGCGUAAACUUUCUCACAGCGAAGAACCGGGCACAACGAUAGUCGUAGCUAGUGGUACCAAUAUCGCGCCUAACAAUCCGCCUUAUGGACGAACUACCGAAGUCUAAGUUUAAUAUUCACCAAAAGCUAUUGCCCUUCGCGAGUUAGAGCAAUCAUUUCUAGUCAUAUAGUUUACUAUCAUCGAUCAUGCGAAUGCUCGACUCGAACGUAGCCUUCGAUUUUGCAUAAGCAUUUAAGCAUUGUUAUAUUUCGUAUUGUAUAUUUAUUAUUGUAUGUUUUUUUUGUUUAUUUUUGUCAUGUUCAUUUGUAAAUGAAUUUUUUUAUUGUUUAUCUUGAACAGUUCCGAGUUUUUUCUACCAAUUUUUGUGCAUGUCGUAUAAAAGAAAUGCUGUGGUCUGGCCGGAUCCGAUCAGGUAUUUUUUCUUACAAAUCAUAACUCACGUCUAUAAAAAUAUUCGUGUUGUGUCGUAAUAUAUUCAUGUUUUAUCAGUUUUGUUCAUUUAAAUCCUCUGAAUCUCAAUAAAAUGUAUGAUGCAGUGCGUUCAA